AUGAAAGACCGACAAGCUAGUGUUACAUUUGAUAACUUUGAAACAGAAAACUUACCCCUGGAAAAUGCUGGCUUGGCACAAGGAUCGCCACUCUCACCAAUUCUGUUUGGUUUCUAUAAUUCUGUUCUGGUAGAUCAACCGGUCGACAGUAACGGUAGCGCAUCGGCCUAUAUCGACGACUAUUUCCGCUGGCGAACUAGCCGAACAGCUGAAGAGAACAUCAAGAAGAUCCAGGAAGAAGAUAUUCCCCGAGUUCAAGCUUGGGCACGGCAAAUAGGCGCAUCCUUCGCUGCCGAAAAGACUGAAUUGAUACAUCUUACCCGGCGGAAAACAGCCUACGGAAAAGGGCAGAUCGUUAUAAACAGCCAGGUUACCAAACCGGCCGAUACCGCCAAGCUUCAGCGCACCUACGCUCGGUGGGAAAAGGAGUGGAAGGAGUCUCGGAACGGCGGUCACCUUCGAAAGAUCGACAAGACACUACCGGCCAAGUAUACGAGACGGCUCUACGGGACCCUGCCUCGUAACCGGGCGUACUUGCUAACGCAGUUGCGGACGGGACACAGCUGGCUAUCAACAUAUGCCAAGACGUUCCGCUUUCGAGAUGAAGACCAGUGCAGUCCUUGGUGGAACCGACAGGCGUAA